CCCACCCUUGCUGGAGGCGGCUGGGCUUCGGGGGGCCCCGACCCUGGCUUCUGCGCCUUGAUUUGCCCAGGGGAGUGUGUACAGUCAGACAGGAGCAGUAGCUGAAAACGCAAUUCUAUGGUUUUGCUCCAAGGAUGUUCCCCCAAAACCGGCCCCCGGCUCAUCUACAGGCGACACCGGUUGCCACCGCUGCCACCGCUGUUGCUGCCGCCGCCGCUGCCGCCAGUGUCGUUUCGACCACCCCCCAGUCCUUGAAGCUGACGUACCCAGAGAUCUUGGACCGGAUCAAAGAGGAAUUUCAGUUCUUGCAAAACCAGUACCACAGCUUGAAACUCGAGUGUGAGAAACUGGCGACGGAAAAGACGGAGAUCCAGCGUCAUUAUGUCAUGUACUAUGAAAUGUCCUACGGGUUGAACAUUGAAAUGCACAAACAGACGGAGAUUGCCAAGCGGCUCAAUGUCAUUUGCGCUCAGCUCAUCCCGUUCCUGUCCCAGGAGCAUCAGCAGCAGGUGGUCCAGGCGGUGGAACGUGCCAAGCAGGUGACUAUGGCAGAACUGAACGUGGCGAUUGGGCAUCAGCUGCAGGCCCAGCACCUCUCGCACCACGCGCCCCCCAUCCCGCUGACCCCACACCCCUCCAGCAUGCAGUCGGCCAGCUUGGCCACCAUUGGCGGAGCAUCCGGGCUGUUGACCCUGUCCGGAGCACUGGGCGCCCAGGCUCAGUUUAUCGCCAAGGAUGACAGGGGGCUGCUUGACUCAGAUCACAGAGACAGAGACCCAGGUCCCAGCUCUUUAGUGCUAUCAAAUGGAGAAAGGAUGCGGGCCAUUUCGGACUACUUGAACAGUAGCAAAAAGAGGAAAGCAGAAGACAAAGAAUACGGCACAGACUACGGGAGCGACGGAGACAAGAGUGAGGACAACCUGGUGGUUGAUGAGGAUCCCUCUUCCCCUCACAGUGUCCACUCCUUCUCAUCUCGGGAGAACGGGGUCGAUAAAGUCCCCCUGCAGAGGAAAGAGGCGGUUCAGCUUAGCCCCACAUCUAUGGCUUCCUCCAGCAGCGCCUCCCCGACCCGGACCGCCAAGGAUGUGGCCACGGUUGAGAAAGCGGUCACCCCCGGCUUGAAGUCCAGCACCCCGACUUCGCAAGGCGAAGGCACAGCGCCAGGCUCGUCCAGCAGCAGCAGCAGCAACACGCCGCAUUUCCGUCCAGGGGUUGCAAAGCAGACGGUGGAGUCGCUUGGCUUGAGCCUACGCAAUCCGCUCACCGUCCAGAGCUCCUACCAGGCCGCCUUCAACAUGGCCCACGCGUCCGUCAACGGCGACAUGGCAGGUGCCGGGGCCUACGCCGGGCUGCACCUCGUGACCCCACAGCUCAAUGGGGCAGCUGUCGUUGGGGCGGCUGGUUAUGGCCGCUCCCCUCUGGUUGCAUAUGAUCCUCACUCACACUUGCGUGUCCCAGGACUCCCUACGGGGAUGCAGACGGGUGUACCUUCAGCCAAACCGGCGUAUUCCUUCCACGUGAGCGCCGAUGGGCAAAUGCAGCCGGUCCCCUUCCCGCCCGACGCCCUGAUUGGCUCCGGCAUCCCCCGGCACGCACGCCUGCUCCACACGCUGUCCCACGGUGAGGUGGUCUGCGCCGUCACCAUCAGCAACUCCACCCAGCACGUCUACACGGGAGGGAAAGGCUGUGUGAAGGUGUGGGACGUGGGGCAGCCGGGCGCCAAGACCCCCGUGGCUCAACUGGAUUGCCUGAACCGGGACAACUACAUCCGGUCCUGCAAGCUCCUUCCGGACGGCCGCAGCCUCAUCGUCGGUGGGGAGGCCAGCACCCUCUCCAUCUGGGACCUGGCGGCUCCCACCCCCCGGAUCAAGGCAGAGCUGACCUCUUCGGCCCCCGCCUGCUACGCCCUGGCCAUCAGCCCCGACGCCAAGGUCUGCUUCUCCUGCUGCAGCGAUGGAAACAUUGUGGUGUGGGACCUGCAGAACCAGACGCUUGUGAGGCAAUUCCAGGGUCACACGGACGGCGCCAGUUGCAUCGACAUCUCGAAUGACGGCACUAAGCUGUGGACGGGGGGCUUGGACAACACUGUGCGGUCCUGGGACCUGCGGGAAGGCCGGCAGCUUCAGCAGCACGACUUCAGCUCGCAGAUCUUCUCCCUGGGCUACUGCCCCACCGGCGAAUGGCUGGCAGUUGGGAUGGAGAGCAGCAACGUGGAGAUCCUGCACGUCUUGAAGCCCGAGAAGUACCAGCUCCACCUUCACGAGAGCUGCGUCCUCUCCCUCAAGUUUGCCUCCUGCGGGAAAUGGUUCGUGAGUACUGGGAAGGACAAUUUGUUGAAUGCCUGGAGGACGCCCUAUGGAGCGAGUAUAUUCCAGUCUAAGGAGUCGUCCUCCGUCCUCAGCUGUGACGUCUCCACGGAUGACCAAUUCAUCGUCACUGGCUCCGGGGACAAGAAGGCAUCUGUUUACGAGGUCAUGUACUGAGGCAAAUCGGCGCCCUUGUCAAAACCGAAUCUGGGAGAAGGAGCCAAACGAGUCGUCCGUCCGUCCCCCCUCCCAGCUUUUUCCAGCCAAAGAAUACACUUACAGAAACUUAGCCUUCGGUGAAGAGGGUGCAGGGUGACCACCUUCAACUGCCGCUGAGCACCCUGCUUUUGCAAACGAGGGGAUAGAAAUGAUCACUAAUUUCAGAAAGAAAGAAAAAAGACUCUGGCAGCUG